UUUUUACAUCCUCACAUGACAUCCUCGCGAGGAUUUAUGCAGAUCGCUUGUAGCAAGGAAAGGUCCGUAGUUGCGUUAAGAUUUUUUUGAUUAGAACUAAUGGAAAAGAACGUCAAGAUGAAGAAGAAGGUUCUUCUUAUGGGUAAAAGUGGCUCUGGAAAAACGAGCAUGAGGUCGAUAAUAUUUGCAAACUACAUCGCAAGAGACACAAGAAGACUUGGAGCGACAAUUGACGUGGAGCAUUCUCAUGUACGAUUUCUUGGAAAUUUGGUCCUCAAUCUCUGGGAUUGUGGAGGACAAGAGGCAUUUAUGGAGAACUAUUUCACAAGUCAGAGGGACAACAUUUUUAGAAAUGUUGAAGUGCUGAUCUAUGUGUUUGAUGUGGAAAGUCGUGAACUAGAGAAAGAUAUGCACUAUUACCAGACUUGUCUGGAGGCCAUUCUCCAGAAUUCGCCUGAUGCCAAAAUAUUUUGCCUAAUUCACAAAAUGGAUUUGGUGCAAGAAGAUCAGAGAGAUGCAAUUUUCAGAGACCGGGAAGAAGACCUAAAAAGGCUCUCAAAGCCACUGGAAUGUACAUGUUUCCGCACAUCAAUUUGGGAUGAAACUCUCUACAAGGCUUGGUCAUCCAUCGUCUAUCAGCUGAUACCUAAUGUAACACAGCUGGAACACAAUCUGGAGAACUUUGCUUCCAUCAUUGAAGCAGAUGAAGUACUUUUGUUUGAGAGGGCCACAUUUCUUGUUAUUUCCUACUGUCAACGCAAGUCCCAUAAGGAUGUACACAGAUUUGAAAAAAUUAGUAACAUUAUCAAACAGUUCAAAUUAAGCUGUAGUAAACUACAUGCCCAUUUUCAGAGCAUGGAGGUGCGAAAUUCUACAUUUGCUGCAUUUAUUGAUGUCUUUACACCCAACACAUAUGUGAUGGUUAUCAUGUCUGACUGCACAAUCCCAUCUGCUGCCACACAGAUUAACAUUCGCAAUGCAAGAAAGCACUUUGAAAGGCUAGAAAAGGUUUCAAGUAAUGGGCAGCAUUCCCUGAAAGGAAGAUAGAUGAUGUAGAAUGAAGUACAUCUUGAAGAUAAACAAUGUGUUGCUAAAUGAGGAACAGUUACUUGCUUUGUAUCCUGUAUUAUGGAGUUGUAUUCCCUGUCAUUAAAAAUAAAUAAUUGCAUUUGUGUCCCACUGACGACAUACAAUCUGCUCAAGCAAUAACAUCUCACAAGGUGAUACAAUCCUGGUAUCCUAUUAAGUCAUAAAGUCAGUCAGAUGAUAAUUAUGAAAAGGGUCAGUGCCACUUUGAAUAGUCUGUCAGUCUCUUGGUUUGCCAGCCAUGACCAAACAUAAGGAGGACAAGAAUGAGAAUAUGACCCAGGAUCUCACUAAAUCCACCAGAUCAGGCUUGCAAUUAAGAGUCCAGGCCUCUAUCAUUCUGAACAGCUUUGUCUAAUGAGGCUGAAAAUCCCCGGUAGAAAUUGUUCUUAAUUUCAAUUAAGAAUAACCUGUUAACCUGUUUCACAAACUGUUCAAACAGGUUGUGAGCGAGUUGAAUGUCAGAUUUGCGUGGCUUUCUUUUCACUUGGCGUAGUAUAUGUUGGAAAAAUAUCAUGCUGUACUUUAUUCUUUAUUAUUGCUCCAAAUAUUUUUUGUGUGUGUUUCAAGCAACUGUUAUCAUCAAUCCAAGCAUAUUCCACUUUAAAAUGAAUUGGCUUUCCACACGUAAGAUCUGAUAUAUUUUAUUUUAGGGUGAUCCAUCAAUUAUCAAAUGCUCUUGUGGUAGUCUAGUGUUACUUCAGUUAUGUAUGGCUAACUUAUCUGUGAGGUAUUUGAAAACGGCGUCAAGAAAGAAACCAAGUAACUGCAGAGUUAUGUGA